AUGGCGUCUCGAUUGGCUCUUUCUAGGCACUCUGCCGCCGCCCUGCGCUCCCUGAGCCGUCCUGCGCCCGUUUUCACCCGCAGCUAUGCCACCGCCGGUGUCGGCGCCAACUCGAACCUGUCGUCGCCGACUCAAUCCAGCAUCAACCGCGACGCAGAGCUUCCCAACCCCGAUCCCGCCGCCGACUCCCCGAGCGCCGCCCUCGUCGCCGAGCACGCGCCCUACAUGGUAGCCACGUACGCCCGGCCGCCGCCCGUCUUCGUGCAGGGCGCCGGCUCCUGGCUGUGGGACGUCGACAACCGCAAGUACCUCGACUUCACCGCCGGCAUCGCCGUCACCGCGCUCGGCCACUGCGACCCCGAGUUCACCGAGCUCCUGACGCAGCAGGCCCAGACGCUCGUCCACGCCUCCAACCUCUACUACAACCCCUGGACCGGCGCGCUGUCUAGGCUGCUCGUCGACAAGACGCGCGAGUCGGGCGCCAUGCACGACGUCGCCCGGGUGUUUGUGUGCAACUCGGGCUCCGAGGCCAACGAGGCCGCCAUCAAGUUUGCGCGCAAGGUCGGCAAGGUCCUCGACCCCAGCUGCGCCAAGACCGAGGUCGUCUCGUUCAACAAUGCCUUUCACGGACGGACCAUGGGCGCCCUGUCGGCCACGCACAACCCCAAGUACCAGCAGCCGUUUGCGCCCAUGGUGCCCGGCUUCAGGCAGGGCACCUACAACGACAUCUCCGGCAUCGACGCCCUCGUCACGGAAAAGACGUGCGGCGUCAUUGUCGAGCCCAUCCAGGGCGAGGGCGGCGUGCAGACGGCCUCGCAGGACUUUCUGGUCGCCCUCGCCAAGCGCGCCAGGGAGGUCGGCGCUGUGCUCAUCUACGACGAGAUUCAGUGCGGCCUCGGCCGGACUGGCCAGCUCUGGGCCCAUGGCCACCUACCCAAGGAGGCCCACCCGGACAUUCUCUCGACAGCAAAAGCCCUCGGCAACGGCUUCCCCGUCGGCGCCGUGCUCGUCAACGACGCCGUCGCGGAAAAGAUUGCCGUUGGCGACCACGGCACUACCUUUGGCGGCAACCCGCUCGCGUGCCGCCUCGCGCACUACAUGGUCACCAAGCUGUCCGACCCGGCCCUGCAGGCCGACGUCCGCGCCAAGUCGGAGCUCUUCCGCGGCGGCCUCGCCAAGAUCCGCGAGCGCUUCCCGGACCUCGUCAAGGAGGUGCGCGGCAAGGGCCUGAUUCUCGGCCUGCAGAUGACCGAGGACCCGACGCCCGUGAUUAAAGCCGCGCGCGAGAGGGGCCUGCUGGUCAUCACGGCGGGCACCAACACGCUGCGCUUCGUGCCGAGCCUAAAGAUCUCUGAGGAGGAGAUUGGGAUUGAUCUACCUUUCCCAUCCAACGUCACGCGGGCCGCCAACUUUCACAAGCCAGCCAGCCUCGAGGCGGCCGUGCCCCUCCACACACAAGCUUGCGGGGACCAAUACAAAGGGAGACAGACUGCAAACAGGCCAGCUUUGACCUUGUUUUCUUCUUCUCCCUCCCUCACCAAAGCGACUCCAUUGCAAAUUUCUCGCAUUGUCGUCCUGGCCCAGAAUACCGAAAUUCGUGCCGACACUCCUUAUCAAAACCGCGAGAUUAUCACCAGCAACCCUUACCCACGACGCUAUCGCAGUGGCUAA